UAGAAUUUUCACACGAUGGUAUUCUUUCCGGUCAUUUUCAUAACUACAAAUUUAUAUGUAGGUGUGGGUGCCAAUGGCGCUAUAAUUCAUUACAAGCCAGAGCCAGAUAGUUGUAGCAUUGUGGAUGGGAAGGAACUCUUCCUCUUAGACAGUGGAGGCCAAUAUAUUGAUGGAACGACUGACAUUACUAGGACAGUGCAUUUCGGUGAACCAUCUGCAAGAGAAAGAGAAUGUUUCACCCGAGUGCUACAGGGUCACAUAGCACUUGACCAAGCAGUUUUCCCUGAGAAUACCCCUGGUUUCGUGUUGGAUGCAUUUGCGCGGUCUUCCCUAUGGAAGGUUGGCCUUGAUUACCGGCAUGGAACUGGGCAUGGUGUAGGAGCUGCACUAAAUGUUCAUGAAGGCCCACAUAGCAUUAGUUUCCGCUUUGGAAAUAUGACUCCCUUAUUGAGAGGAAUGAUUGUCAGCAAUGAACCCGGUUACUAUGAAGACCAUCAAUUUGGCAUUCGAAUUGAGAAUCUUCUUUACGUUAAAGAAGUAGACACACCAAAUCGUUUUGGAGGAAUAGGGUAUCUGGGAUUUGAAAAGCUUACUUUUGCUCCCAUACAGACUAAAUUGGUGGACUUAUCUUUGCUCUCUGUUGCUGAAGUAGAGUGGCUCAAUAGUUACCAUUCGCAAGUUUGGGAGAAGGUGUCACCUCUGCUGGAUGGUUCUGCACGUCAAUGGCUUUGGAAUAACACAAGGCCUCUUACAAAGCUGUAAUUCCUGUAUAGACACUGUCAAUACUACGCUGUUCCAUCCUUCACCAUUUGUUGUACAUAGGAGAUAAAUAAUUUGAUAAUUAAGAGUUACAGCUACUCAUGUACACUAUAGACAGGUAAAUGAACUUUGUAGUACAAUAUUAGCCCCCGGGAUUUUGGUCUUAGUGGUAAAAGUGCAUGACGUGAUGUGUGGGUUAAGCGCACAUCACGGAUUCGAACAGACAAAAGUCCGGUAUUCAAGUGGAGAGGGGUAGAGGUUCUGGCUCAUUAUCCACCGAGUUUCGAACCUUGUGCCACUUGCAUUGUGAACUGAGUAGCAUUAAUAAGGAUGGUAAAGGACCUCUGUAAAUGUACAAUAUGAUUAUUCGAUUUAAGGUUUAGCCUUGUGGCUCAUCUCAGAUA